UAUAAACAAUGUAACCAACUCUACCUGCUCGUUGUUACUUUUCAUCAUACCAUGAGUGAGAAUGUCCAGGAUGGGAUCUGGAAGGAGUCUUGUUUUAUUGAGCAUUGUUCUUUCUAUUUGUGAAGUAACCGUAGCUGCUGUGCCCCAGUCUUUCAGCAUUGACUACAAGCAUGACUGUUUUCGCAAGGAUGGGGAAGCUUUCCGCUACAUAUCAGGAAGCAUACAUUACAAUCGAAUUCCUAGAGUCUAUUGGAAAGACAGACUCCUCAAGAUGUACAUGGCAGGACUGAACGCUAUUCAAACGUAUAUACCCUGGAACUUUCAUGAGCAAACCCCUGGACAUUACGAUUUUAGCGGAGAUCGCGAUGUUGCACACUUCCUCCAGUUGGCCCAGGAUGUUGGGCUCUUGGUCGUCCUCCGCCCUGGUCCCUACAUCUGUGGUGAAUGGGAUAUGGGUGGUCUUCCAGCCUGGCUCCUGAAGAAGAGGAACAUUGUACUUAGGUCAUCGGAUCCAGACUAUAUUGCUGCUGUUGACAAGUGGAUGGGAAAACUACUUCCGAUAAUAAAACCUUUCCUGUAUCAGAAUGGCGGACCAAUCAUAACUGUACAAGUUGAAAAUGAGUAUGGGAGUUAUUUUGCCUGUGACUAUGAUUACCUUCGUCACCUCACGUCGGUCUUCCGUCACCACCUGGGGGAUGAGGUGGUGCUCUUCACUACCGACGGGGCAGGGGUGUCCUAUCUGAAAUGCGGCUCGCUGCAAGGCCUCUACGCCACUGUUGAUUUUGGACCAGGUGGAAAUGUGACUGCUGCUUUCUCUGCCCAGAGACAUGCUGAGCCACAUGGGCCUCUGGUGAACUCUGAGUUCUACACAGGCUGGCUGGAUCACUGGGGAGAGAAGCAUAGUACAGUUUCCACUACUUAUAUUGUCAAGUCUCUGAAUGAGAUGCUGAGCAUGGGGGCAAAUGUAAACAUGUACAUGUUUAUUGGAGGAACCAAUUUUGGUUAUUGGAAUGGAGCCAAUACAAAAUAUGCACCACAGCCUACAAGCUAUGACUACGAUGCACCCCUUACAGAAGCUGGAGACCUCACAGACAAGUACUUUGCCAUCCGAGAUGUUAUCAAAAUGCACAGGAAAAUACCAGAUGGUCCACCACCUCCUUCAACACCCAAGUACGCAUAUGGAUCUGUGAAAAUGAGUCUGCUUACCACAGUCUCCAAGGCACUCAAGACACUGUCUUUUGCUGGCCCUGUCAAAACCAAGUAUCCUCUCACAUUUAUUGAGCUAAAUCAGCUAUUUGGGUUUGUUCUAUACAGAACAACUGUGCCCAUGGAUUGCUCCAAACCUACCCCACUGUCAUCCCCACUGAACGGAGUGAAUGAUCGUGCCUAUGUAUCUGUGAAUGGGGUUCCCAAUGGCAUUCUUGAGAGAAAUAAAGUCCUAACGAUAAACAUCACUGGGACUCCUGGAGACCAAUUGGAUUUACUUGUUGAGAACAUGGGACGCAUAAACUAUGGGAAGGAAAUCAAUGACUUCAAGGGUCUUGUCACUAAUCUAACACUGGGCUCGCAAGAGCUUUACAACUGGGAAGUGUUCAGCCUGAGCAUCGAUGAGGCCAUCAGUGAGGGCCUCCUAUGGCAGGGAGGCUAUGGGGAGACGGCCUCUUCAACUCCACCGCGCUCCAACGGUCUAGCAUCUCCGGCCUUCUACACCGGCAGGUUCAUUAUCCCAGAUGGCAUCCCAGACCUGCCCCAGGACACCUACAUUCACUUUCCUGGCUGGAAGAAGGGUCAGGUGUGGAUCAAUGGCUUCAACCUGGGUCGUUAUUGGCCUGAUCGGGGACCUCAGGUGACGUUGUUUGUCCCAGCCAACAUCCUCAGCACGUCUUUGCCCAACAACGUCACAGUGCUGGAGUUGGAGAGUGAUCCGUGUACCCCUGGGCUCUGUACCGUGGAAUUCACUACUGUGCCAGUAUUAAAUGCUACUGUGAAGUCCCAUCCACAUUACGCACGGCAGUUGUUUCGUAAAGAUCUCCUGUGAAAGUAAUGCCUUUUCAAUCACCACAUCGCCAUUAUUUGUUGAUCAUCAUUAUUUUAAUCAUGGAUAAGCCUACCUCACUCCCCUGCCAUUGUCGUUUUGUUAAAGGGACACUGUGUGAGAUUUUUGUUGUUUAUUUUCAGAAUUCAUGCUGCCCAUUCACUAAUGUUACCUUUUUCAUGAAUACUUACCACCACCAUCAAAUUCUAAGUAUUCAUUAUGACUGGAAAAAUUGCACUUUUCAUACAUGAAAAGGGGGAUCUUCUCCAUGGUCCGCCAUUUUGAAUUUCCAGAAAUAGCCAUUUUUAGCUGCAAAAAUGACUGUACUUGGACCAUACUAGAAAAUAUUUGUUUAUUACUUAGUAAACUUUCAUGUUAAGAUCAAAUUUGGCAAUAGGCAACCCAGUUUCAAUGAGCAGCAUAGUUGCAGUACCUUUUUUUACCGUUUCCUGCACAGUGUCCCUUUAAAGCUACAGAAGCCAAGUAGACGUAAGUAGGACUUUUAUAUCCUGUAUGUAUGAGAAAUGGACCGAAAGGGAAUAAGCUUAACUUUUGAAUUUGAAAAAUCAAAAGAGCCAUACAAGGUCAGUGCCAUGACUGCAAAUAUGUGAACUGCUUAAAGGUAGUGUGUGUCAUUGUUUAGUCAUUUAUUUCCAGAGUGUAUGUUGCCCAUUCACAAACUUAAUCUUUUUCAGAAAUAUUAUUGUCACUGUCAAUAUGCAACUUCAUUAUGGUUUCAAAAUGUUCAAUUUUCAUCCAUGAAAAGGUUAAUCUUCUCCAUGUAUACUCGUUAUGUUGGAAUUACUACUCUGAUCAGACCAGACCAACAUUCAUGAAAAUAACAUAAAAUUUGUGACUAUAGGCAGCAUAUAUUUUGGAAAUAAAAUGGUAAACUACCCUAAAUACAUUACAUUCACAGAAGGGAACUGACGUGAGAAAGCGAUCCAGGCCUUGUUAGACAUGGGGUUAUCAGUUACUGCUUUUUGUAUGAGAAACAGAUUAUGCAUCUGCCAGAGAAAGCGCUGGUUCCAGGAAUAGGAUAUCAUUUUAGGUAUUUUGUAAGAAUUUCCAGGUAAAUUAAAUCUGAAUUGCCUUCUACUAUAAUUGAUGGACAAACUCAUCCCAUGUUUAAACAGUUGACUGAUUGGUGGCAUAUUUUGGUGCCUUAGAUGAACAGCUUUUAAGAAAAAUAAUCAGUGGGGAUCCUUUUUACUUUUGUUGAUCAUUGCACUGUCCAGAGACACUGGUAAAGUAUGUUCAUUUCCUUAAAAUGUUUUAAUGAUUAUUGUGAGGAUCUGGGUGUUUAUUUGCACAAGUAAUAAAGAAAUGCUUGAAUGUA